UUUGAGUUCUAGAGUAUCAAAUUCAAAACAUGUUUAAACUGAGCAAAUAAUCUAUAUGGUUAUAUUGUGUCUGCCUCUGUGCCACAUAUAUUCCAUCAUUCAUUUCACCUUCACUGAAUUCCGUUUUGGAUCCGACAUAUAUUCCACGCUUGAGAACAAAAAGUAAACUUUUUAUGCACAAAAUAAAAUAUUAGCUAACACUUGAGCUGUAGAAUCUUCUCAGAUUUUUUUUUCUUUUCCUUACGGUAGUUAAGUUUCUCUGUAUAGAUAGACAUAUUUAUUUUCCAAGAGUUCAAAACCCCCCAUCUAAUUCAUUAUUUAUUUAUUUUAUUUUUUUGAAAAAGGGCUUUCAUUAUUUAUUAAUUUUGGAAACCAAACACUUAUCAUGCGAUUAAUAUACAGUAAACAACAAUAUACAUGGAUUAGCAAAAUUAGCAAGCCUCUUUAGAAUUCUAAUUACAAGUUUGGGGUCUUCAAGAACUCAUUUCAGACAACUUGAUAUUAAAGCGGGAGUUUGUUCAAAAAAAAAAGAUCUUAAAGUGGGAGUUAAUAAUAUAUUAAAGUAGAUUUGCAAAAGAAACGCUGUUUUCUUACUUCAUGGAACGGUAAUAAACACCUGGAGCACUAAAAAUUGUAAUGUGAAAUCUGGUGACCUUUUACGGCCACAAGUGACAAGGCCCACAAUAAGAAUAUCUGAGGUUAUAAAAGCCAACUCUUCUCUCAUCUUAGGCUCAAAGUAAGGAGCAAUUUCACUUAAAAUUAUUUGUAUCUUUCUGCAUAGAGAUAGAGUGAGCACAAUGGGUGCUAAUACUUCUUCACCAAGCCAUAGGUUUUCGCUAAACGACCGUUCCAGGAAGCCACAUAAAGCUGGCUUCGAGUCCGAGAUUUCACCCUACAAAGUUAGUCCCUUAAUCGUGGAAAUGAAGAAAAAGAAUCAGUGGACAUCUCGGUUCGAUGCUCUCAAAGACACAAACAAGCUGCUGGUGAUCAAGUUCACGGCCAAAUGGUGUGGACCAUGUAAAUCACUUGAGCCGAAACUUGAACAGUUAGCGGUCAAGUACACUGAUGUUGAGUUCGUGAAGAUUGAUGUCGAUGUGCUAAAGAGCGUGUGGAAGGAGUAUAACCUCCAUGCUUUGCCUACGGUUGUAUUCAUGAAGAGAGGUCAAGAAGUAGACAGAGUCGUUGGCCUGAAGCUUGAUGAAAUAGAGGGAAAGCUCCACAAAUACGCAUACUCCUUUUGAAAAAUAUGAAGCCUUAAGAAUCAAUUUCUUAUUAAUCCGUUGAGAACUAUCUCAAAAUCUAUAUGUAAUAAGAAUUGAAAGAAGAUAUUCUUUCUGUUAAUAUUCAAAAAUAAUGUCAUUUGGUCUCUAGAGUGAUUCAGUCUAGGACGUAUACGAAAAUGGUGAGAUUUGUAGAGAAAUCUAUAGUGAUUCUAUCUAUGACGAUGAUAUCCUAAUAGU